GGGGAGGAGCUUACAGCAGCUGCAGGAAGAGAACCAAUAUCUGAGGAGAUCCAUCCGGGAGCUGCAGAGGAGCUCACAGGCCGACCAGCUCAGGGUGGAGCAGCUGACGGAGGAGCUGCUGCAGAGGAGGCGUCGGGAGGAGCAGGAGGCGCAGGAUCUGGAGAGCAUGGUGCACUCUGUGGAGCAGAACCUCACUCAGAUGACGGUAACAGCAAGGCAUCAUGGGAGAUGUAGUUUAGAGACUCUCUCCUCUGGUAUAAAUAUAAUACAUAUAUAA